AUGGGCCUUACGAGGCCUACCCCUGGCGAGGGGAUUGAACUAUCGCCGGUUCCAACACAAUUGAGCGCCGCAGAGAAAACAUUAGUCGACCCCGAGAAAGAAAAGGGAGGAAGCGUACCGGCCUCAUCAUCCAAUAAUGCGGUGUCUGACAGAAUGAGUCCUAGUAAGAAGUCGACCGGCGAAAAGGCUACAGUGGCAGGCGCAGAAAUAUCACCUUCAGAGAGCGCGGACUCAUCUGAGCUGGAUGCUGCUCUAAAAGAGCUUCCAGAGGAUGAAAGGCGCAUUAUUCGGGAGCAGCUGCAUUCGCCAACUGUGCAGGUCAACUUCUUCAGCCUUUACAGGUAUGCGACGACCUGGGAUUUAGUGAUUAUCGCGAUUAGCAUUGUCUGCGCCAUUGCUGGAGGUGCCGCUCUACCGCUGUUUACUAUCCUCUUCGGUCAAUUGGCAAGCGAUUUCCAAGGUGUCUAUCUAAACACACUUGGGUACGACGAAUUUCACCACGAACUUGUCAAGAACGUACUCUACUUCGUAUACAUUGGUAUCGGCGAAUUCGUGACCAUCUAUUUGGCGACCGUCGGUUUCAUCUACACUGGAGAGCACAUCACCCAGAAAAUCCGCCAAGCUUAUUUGCAAGCAAUCAUGAGACAAAACAUGGGCUACUUUGAUAAUAUCGGCGCUGGUGAGGUUACCACUCGUAUCACAGCCGACACCAAUCUUAUACAAGACGGUAUCUCCGAAAAGGUGGCUUUGGUGAUAGCAGCAUUGGCUACUUUCGUCACUGCAUUCGUGAUUGCAUACAUCAAGUACUGGAAACUGGCGCUCAUCUGCUCUUCGAGUAUCAUUGCUCUCACUUUGAUGAUGGGCGGUGGCUCGCGGUUCAUUAUCAAGUAUAGCAAACUAUCUCUGGAAAGCUACGCACAAGGAGGAAAUUUGGCGGAGGAAGUCAUUAGCUCUAUUCGUACUGCUAUGGCUUUCGGUACGCAGGAAAGGCUUGCCCAGCAAUACGAUAAACACCUCGACAAGGCUGAGAAAUGGGGUAUCAGGCUGCAGAUGAUCUUCGCCGUCGUGCUAGGUGGAAUGUUUAGUAUCAUGUACUUGAACACGGGUCUAGGGUUCUGGAUGGGUUCCCGUUUCAUCGUGGAUGGCGAAAUUGGUGUUGGCCAGGUCCUAACCGUGUUGAUGGCUACUAUCAUGUCGUCAUUCAGUUUAGGAAAUGUUGCUCCCAAUGCUCAAGCUUUUACCAGUGCUGUUGCUGCCGCCGCGAAAAUUUACAGCACCAUUGAUCGAAUUUCCCCUCUUGACCCAAUGUCAGAAGAAGGUCGCAAAUUGGAUCAGGUCGAAGGAAGCAUUGAGCUGUGCAAUGUGAGCCAGCGGUACCCUUCGCGACCAGACGUCGCCGUCAUGAAAGAUGUCAGCUUGUUCAUUCCAGCUGGAAAAACUACUGCUUUGGUUGGUCCUUCUGGCUCAGGAAAGAGUACGAUUAUUGGUUUGGUUGAACGUUUCUACAACCCAGUCCGUGGACAGGUCCUUUUGGACGGUCAAGACAUUCAAUCGCUUAAUCUGCGGUGGUUGCGACAGCAAAUCUCGCUUGUCAGUCAAGAGCCGAUUCUUUUUGCUACGACUAUCUUUGAGAACGUCAGAUAUGGUUUGCUCGGUACUGAGUUCAUUAAUGAAAGCGAUGAGAAGUUGCAGCAACGCAUCGAACAGGCGCUUGAAAUGGCUAAUGCUCUUGAUUUUGUGAAUGCUCUUCCUGAAGGUAUACAUACCCAUGUUGGCGAGCGAGGUUUCUUGCUUUCAGGCGGUCAGAAACAGCGUAUUGCCAUUGCCCGUGCUGUCGUUGGCGACCCCAAGAUUCUCCUACUGGAUGAAGCCACAUCGGCCCUUGACACCAAGUCUGAAGGUGUCGUUCAAGCAGCCCUGGAUAAGGCUGCAGAAGGUCGUACAACCAUUGUUAUUGCACAUAGAUUAUCCACAAUCAAAACGGCACAUAACAUUGUUGUCUUGGUGGAUGGCAGCAUUCAGGAACAAGGCACUCACGAUCAACUAUUGGACUCCCAGGGUGCUUACUACAGGUUGGUCGAAGCACAACGCAUCAACGAGGCAAAAGAAUCCGGAGCGCUCUCAUCAGAAGAUACCGAGGAGGAAGCUGCCGCCGAAGAAGAAAAAGAAAUUGAACGCACAACAUCUCGCAUCAGAAUGUCUCGCACAUUGAGCUCCACUGCGUCUGGGUUCAAACCAGGCCUUGAACGAGAGGCCACGCUCAGAUCCAUCUCAAGCGUCGUUCAGUCCAAGAAGGAGCAGACCAAAGAAUCUCACUAUUCGCUAUGGACACUUAUCAAAUUCAUCUACUCAUUCAACAAAAAGGAAACUCCUUACAUGGUUGUCGGCCUCUUUUUUGCCUGUCUCGCGGGUGGUGCUCAACCUACUCAAUCCGUCCUCUAUUCCAAUUCUAUCAUUACCAUCUCACAACCCCCUAGCAAUUAUGGACAAUUGAAACGCGACGCUAGCUUCUGGUCCCUCAUGUUUCUCAUGCUCGGUCUCGUCCAACUUAUUGUGUAUACCACGCAAGGUAUCAUGUUUGCAUACAGCUCGGAGAAGCUGAUUCGCCGGGCACGGAGCCAGGCUUUCAGGACAAUGCUGCGUCAAGACAUCACCUUCUUUGAUAGCGACGAAAACAGCACCGGUGCCUUGACCUCGUUCCUUUCAACGGAGGCAAAACACUUGUCUGGAAUCAGCGGUGCUACUCUCGGAACACUUGUCAAUGUGACGACGACUUUGGCAGCAUGCUGUGUUAUAGCUCUAGCUGUUGGUUGGAAGCUUGCCCUAGUCUGUAUUUCGACGAUCCCGGCAUUGCUCGCUUGUGGAUACUGGCGUUUCUCGGUUCUUGCACAAUUCCAAGCACGAUCCAAGAAGGCUUAUGAAAUCUCGGCUAGUUAUGCCUGCGAAGCUACUUCUGCCAUUCGUACCGUUGCCUCGUUGACCCGAGAAGAAGACGUUCUAAACACGUAUCGAAAGCAACUCGAAGCGCAGACGAGGAGGAGUCUCUUUUCUGUUGCACGAUCAUCCGUGCUGUAUGCCGCUUCUCAGGCUUUGUCAUUUUUCUGCAUGGCCUUGGGUUUCUGGUACGGCGGGGAACUCUUUGGCAAACAUCAGUACACCAUGUUCCAGUUUUUCCUCUGCUUCACCCAAAUUAUUUUUGGAGCACAAUCUGCCGGCAGUAUCUUUGCUUUUGCGCCCGACAUGGGUAAUUCCAAAAAUGCCGCUGCUGAUUUCAAGAAAUUGUUCGAUCGUCGUCCGGCUAUUGAUGUUUGGUCAGAGGAUGGCCACAAGCUAGACAGUGCCGAGGGCACAGUCGAGUUCCGAAACGUCCACUUCCGCUAUCCAACUCGCCCUGAGCAGCCUGUUCUCCGGGGGUUGAAUCUGACCGUCAACCCAGGUCAAUACGUUGCUCUUGUCGGUGCAAGUGGAUGCGGAAAGAGUACGACCAUUGCUCUUUUGGAACGCUUCUACGACCCGAUUUCAGGUGGUGUGUACAUUGACGGGCAGAAUAUCGCUAACCUGAACGUCAACUCUUAUCGACAGCACCUGGCUUUGGUGAGUCAGGAACCAACUCUGUACCAGGGCACGGUCCGAGAGAAUAUUCUUUUGGGCAGCAAUGCGACAGAUAUUUCGGAAGAAACCAUCAUCAAUGCUUGCAAGAACGCCAACAUUUACGACUUUAUCUUAUCCUUACCAGAUGGAUUCGACACCAUUGUCGGCAGCAAGGGUGGCAUGCUCUCCGGCGGUCAAAAACAGCGUGUCGCAAUCGCGCGCGCGUUACUCCGUGACCCCAAAAUCCUUCUUCUAGACGAAGCUACGUCAGCUCUCGACUCUGAAUCUGAGAAAGUGGUGCAAGCCGCAUUGGAUGCAGCUGCUCGUGGACGAACGACAAUCGCAGUCGCCCACAGAUUGAGUACCAUCCAAAAGGCUGAUAUCAUCUAUGUCUUUGAUCAGGGCAAGAUCGUCGAGAGCGGAAAUCAUCAAGAGUUGAUUCGCAAUAAAGGGCGAUAUUAUGAGCUUGUGAAUCUGCAGAGUUUGGGAAAGACUCAUUAG